AUGAGCCUCUUCGAAAGUCUUUUCAGAAUUUUUGUUCAGGGGGCCAGCCCCAUGCUGGGUAUGGUUGCUAUUAGCGGCUUUCUUUAUCUAAUUAUUGACCAUAUCCACAUCCCUCGAUGGUGGGAUAAAAAGGCCCAUCUGAUCGGACGAAAGAAUCCCGAGGGAAUAACUACACUGGAAUGCCCUUAUGAUUAUCUUCGGGAAAUAUACGGCAAGUAUCACUGGGCAGCGUUUGUCCACAAGUUAUCCCCGACCCUUCAAAAUGAUGACCCUCCCAAACACCGGAUGGUGUUGGAGAUUAUGGAUGCUAUCCACCUUUGCCUGAUGUUAGUUGAUGAUAUCUCCGAUGGGAGUGAUUACCGCAAAGGACGACCUGCUGCUCACAAAAUAUACGGCCCCUCAGAGACAGCAAACCGCGCCUACUACAGAGUCACCCAAAUUCUGAACAAAACCACCAAAGACUUCCCAAACCUCGCGCCAUGGCUCAUGCAGGAUCUCCAGGAUAUCCUUGAAGGUCAAGAUAUAUCCCUCGUCUGGCGCAGGGAUGGAAUUAGUGGUUUCCCUAUCGCCACCGCGGACAGAGUCGCAGCAUAUCGAAGAAUGGCUUCUCUCAAAACCGGUUCCUUGUUCCGUUUACUAGGCCACAUUGUCUUAGAGAAUGAUUCUAUGGAUGAAACUUUAACUAGGGUUGCCUGGCAUUCCCAGCUCCAAAAUGACUGCAAGAAUGUUUAUUCUUCGGAGUAUGCAAAGCUGAAGGGCUCUGUGGCCGAAGACUUGCACAACCGUGAGAUGACAUACCCUAUCGUGCUAGCAUUAGAUGCACCUGACGGUCGUUGGGUGACUGGGGCCUUGGAAUCUCCGUCGCCCCGCAAUAUUCGCAAUGCCAUGAAGGUCAUUCGAUGUGACUAUGUGCGGAACAUAUGCAUGAAUGAACUGGCUCAAUCCGGUGCCUCGGUUAAAGAAUGGCUGGAAUUAUGGGGUCGAAAGGAGAAACUGGAUUUGAAGGCAUGA